UGAAAACAAAAUGUCAAGAGCUUGUUGAAGAAGCAGAGAGUUGGGAGGAGGAGAGACAGCAGUUUAAGGCCCAACUCGAAGAUGGGAAGAGAGAGAUGGAGGCUGCCAGGGCCACAAUUGAGGCCCUCAGGAAGGAGCUGGAGGAGCAGAGGAAAGCAGAGAAGUCAAGAAUAAAGGAGGCUGUGGACUGUGCCGUGGCCGAGGCCUUGGCCACCAAUAUCUCCAAACAGAAGCUCAUCGCACAGUUAAAGGCAGAGCCCAGGGGGAUGGCCAAGCUGCCUGCAAGUAAUGGUGAACUGAAAGAGGUCAAGGAGUUCAUCUGCGGUGACCUUCAGAAUCAAAGCCAUAAAAUCCAGGCAUUGGUAGAUCAAAAGAAUGCAGCUGUGGACAGAGUCAGGCAGAAGAACAUGAAGAAGGUGGACAAGAUUAGGAAUGGAGCGAAGGAGAAGGAGGCAAAGUUAGCUGAAGCCGAGCUGAAAGAGAUCGCAAAGCUCGAGGAGAAGUACAGAAAGCAAAUUGAAAAGGUUCAGAAAGCCGAGGCGAAAGACGAUGAGAAAAGACAGCGCAAAGAAAAAAGAGAGAGAGAGCAGAUGGAGAGGAAGGAGAAGAAGGCCAGAGAGCAGGAGAUGGCAGAAGAGGAAGAGCAGCGUGAGGAAGAAGAGGUAGAGAGGCCGACAGGCUGGAGGAGAUUCCUCUGCUUCUGAGACCACUUUGCAGCAGCCAGGGACGCCAGAAGCCAGGGAAGCUUUGGCCGGGCCCAGGACAAAAACAUCUGAGAGGACCACACCUCCCAAUGCAUACAAUGUAAUGAGGACCAAAUUAUGGGCUCCCCCUUCUCCCUGGGCCCGGGACGGACUCCUCUGUCCCGCCCCAUCGGCUUCCCUGGCAGCAGCCUCCUUUGACAUGACUUGAAGGAGAAUUUCACCCAAUUUCAAAAUGCAGUUUGUAUUACUCACUCUACCAUUGACUUCUCAGUACCCAACAAUGUAGAUUUUUUUUGUUCAGCCCUUUCCAAGAUCCUGGACCAUUCGAAUGGGGGCAUGGUUUGUUUACAGAGUGUGUUUAUGUGCAGUUCUCAUCCAAGGCAUGAUCAAAUUUGGGAUAAGAUGUUUAUAUGAAAUACAGAGUGUUAUAUCCCGGACGGUCUAUAUUCUGGGCAGUUCAGCAUAUCCCAAUUUCUCAAAAUCCUGAAUAACGGCUUUUACUGUGAAUCUCAGGAAAAGUUUUGAUAAAGUGUUUAUUGUUCAAACACAAAUGUGGCAUACUUUAAUAUCAUGCUUGGGAUACUGAACUGCAUGUACUCAUUACAAGAAAAUACAAAACAAAAACAAAAACAAAAUUCUUAACAUAGCCUACUCCAAAUGAAAUCACAAAAUGCCUUGCUGUGUAGCAAGGUGUCUGUUGAUGUUGCAUAGCUUUUGGGAUGAUAUUUGGAGUGUUGAGAUAUAUUUUAAAAUUUAUAACAAACCAAACCCCCAUUAGAAUGGCCAGGAGCUCUGAAAGGGCUGAACCAGAAAAAAAUCCACGUCGUAGGGUACUGCCAAAUCAAGGGCGACGUAAGCAACACAACUGCAUGUUGAAAUUGGACGGGAUUCCCUUUAAUCCCCCCCAAUACCCACACCCACCCAGAUAUCUAUUUCUGAA